UGUGUGUGUGUGUGUGUGUGAAUUAAAAUAUGGGGAAAGAUCAGGAACUCUUGCAGGCGGUGAAGACUGAGGACCUGCUUAUGGUGCAGCGGCUACUGCAGAGACCCAAACACGGCAAAUCUAAGCUCCUGGGUUCGGCCAAGCGGAUCAACGUGAAUUUUCAGGACACAGACGGGUUCUCGGCCCUUCACCAUGCUGCUUUGAAUGGUAAUAUGGAGCUGAUAGCUCUGCUGUUGGACUCACAAGCCGUCGUUGAUAUCAAAGAUCAGAAAGGGAUGCGACCGCUGCACUACGCUGCCUGGCAGGGAAAAUGCGAGCCGAUGAAAAUGCUGCUGAAGGCGGGAUCGUCAGUCAACAGCCAAUCGGAUGAGGGACAGAUUCCGUUGCACCUCUCAUCUCAACACGGCCACUACGAUGGAAGCGAGAUGCUGUUGCAGCACCAGUCCAACCCCUGCAUCAGAGAUCACGCUGGAAAAACCCCUCUGGACUUGGCCUGCGAAUUUGGACGUGUCUUGGUGGUGCAACUACUCCUGAGCAGCAAUAUGUGCGCCGCCAUGUUGGAACCGAAGCCGUCGGAUCCCAACGGGAUCAGCCCUCUUCACCUGGCUGCCAAAAACGGACACAUCGACAUCAUCAAGUUGCUAAUCCAAGCUGGCAUAGACAUAAACCGGCAGACGAAAUCUGGCACGGCGCUGCACGAGGCUGCGCUCUGCGGAAAAACCGAUGCCGUUCGCCUUCUUCUAGACAGUGGCAUUAGUGCCAGUGUGAGGAACACGUACUGCCAGACGGCACUGGACAUUGUAAACCAGUUCACCACGACGCAAGCCAGCCGAGAGAUUAAACAGAUGCUUAGAGAUGCCUCUGCAGCUAUGCAAGUGAGGGCACUCAAAGACUACUGCAACAACUAUGACCUGACGAGCCUCAACAUCAAAACAGGCGACAUCAUCACGGUCCUGGAACAGCACUCCGACGGCCGCUGGAAAGGCUGUAUCCACGACAACCGCACAGGAAACGACCGCGUCGGCUACUUCCCCUCCAACAUGGUGGAGGUCAUCAAGAGGGCAGGACCCUCUACUCAGCAGUAUCUUAAGAUACACAUCCGUCCGCCGGCAAUUGGCUCAGUUGCCAUGGUGAACGGUGACUCCCACAUUCUCUCUCUUCCCCUGACCUCCCUGCCCCCUCCUCCCUCCCUGAUCUCUUCCCAUCAGCCCCUGUUCACCUCAUUCGGGUAUAACACACCCACCUGCAGCUCAUUUGCGUUUGAACCGCCCUCCUCCCGCUCAGUGGGGCCGAAAAGAGAGACAGGUUCCCGAGGUUCUGUGUCCAGCCCCCAUGGCUCCCCGACGUUAAGUGGGCAGCAAAGCAGUUCCAGUGAGGAGAUCUGGGUCCUGAGAAAACCUUUAGCAGGCGCUGGCAGCACAGGGAGUCUGACCAGCGGGCGCUCUUCAGUCAGUGGUCCGGUGGACAACGCCAAUGCUCAUCUUGCAAGCUCCCCCGUGCCCGUCCCAACCACGCCAACACAUUCCACAGGGCUCAACACACAUGGUGUAAACGUACCCGGGCUACACGCACAGGCCGAGGGGGUGAAGUUGCUGGCCACUGUGCUGUCUCAGUCUGCAAAAGCGAAAGAACAUCUCCUGGAGCAGGACCCCAGUGCAGGUUCUUCACAACUUACCCAGAGUACACCUGGUGGUCCACGUCCAGAAAAGAAAAAAACAUUUGUUGAUCCUUUACUACAGAGAAAAGAUAGUGCUGCAACAGAAAGCAAGAGCUCUGAGGCCGUGGCUGAAUGGCUUACUAGCGCUCAGCUGCAGUUUUACACCGCAAACUUCCUAACAGCUGGAUACGACCUUCAGACCAUCAGUAGGAUGUCACCAGAGGAUCUCGUAGCAAUUGGGGUGACAAAACCUGGGCACAGGAAAAAGAUGCUGUCCGAGAUCGUCAAACUGAGCAUUCCUGACUGGAUACCUAAAGAGAAACCAACCAGCCUAGCUGAGUGGUUGUCCUUGAUUGGACUUAGUCAGUACUAUCAGACUCUUGUUCAGAAUGGCUACGACAACAUGGACUUUGUCAGUGACAUCACCCUGGAGGACUUGCAGGAGAUCGGCAUCACCAAGCUGGGACAUCAGAAGAAGUUAAUGUUAGCCGUUAAGCGUCUGGGAGAGCCUCUGAAAGAGGAGGACACUUACAGCAAGGCGAGGCAGUCAGACGAAAGCACAACUUCAAAACGCCAAGCUGCUCCAGAAUCCACCCCUGCUCCAAGGACGCGCCGAGGAAUGGAAGGGCGUGGCUCUCCACGGCACACCACCCAGGGGCGUGGUAUACAGCGAGCAAAUGCUCCGCCUCCCCUAAAAAAGCCUGCAUCAUGCAAUAGUCCAGCCCAUACGCCACCACAUACACCUACUAAAGUCAAAAGCUCCUCCCCUCGCUCGAAUUCUCAAGGCCGCCCAGUCCCGUUGCUCUGCCUUCCCCAAGAAAGCGCAGCUGAGGAAGAUGAGGAUGGCACACCUCCUUUACCCAGACGGAAAGACCCGCCCUUCCCUGACACAUCCACUAAGUAUGCCACGGUGGGUGGAGCCAACCGUAGUGCAUCCUCCCUGGAUGUUGGAGGAGUAAACCGUAGCCAGUCCUUUGCCACGACACGACCUCGCAGGAAGACGCGCCCCCCAACACCUCCAAAGCGCUCUUGCUCCUCCAUCUCCACGGGAAACCUGCCAAACGAGGGCGGGAUCAACCAAGAUGAGCCUUGUGAUUCGUUUCUAAGUGUGACGUACCGAGAACGCCGCCGUAGCGACUGUGGUCCUGCUUCUGAAUCAGGGGUUUUAGGAGGAAGUGUUCGAGACAUCGCUGCCAUGCUAGAAAUGUCCACAUUAGGAGGCAGAGCCAAAGGAGCUAGCAGGAAUUACUUACAGGCGAGCCCGGACAUCCUCAGACGAAACCAUGACUCUCUGAGUUUAGACGAAGAGAUCCAGAGUCGCCGUCGCACCAUCAGCGGCCCCUUAACUGACUACGAGAUCCCCAUUGCACAGCAAGAGGGCACCGAACGAGGCGAAGUUACCAAAUCUCUGCGAAUUACUGAUGAACCAAUGGAAACACUCCCUGAGAGACCAACCCCAGAGCCCCGCCCCCGCUCCAUGCUCACUCAAGAAGAGUGGUCACGUGUGGAUGCCACGGCAACCUUGAGGAGGCCCCGCACACCUCACGACUUGAGCAGCGAGAGGGUCCAGCUCAACGAGACCAGCACUGUGAGACGACGGCCAAAAGUAAUAGCACCCACUCAGAGGGAUGAUGCGACAGAUGCUGCUAUUCGUGUAAGACCUGUAUCAGAGGUGGAACAUGUAUAUCGGGAAAGUGAUAUGAGCGAGGAUUUCCGGCGAGCGCUGAAGCCUCCAGUUUCCCCCAAACCAUCUCUGGGCCUCAGGAAGCCUGAGCCUCCCACCCCAACCAGGAGAGUCCCACUUCCAGGACCGGAGAACCAACACAGCACAGUGGAGGGCAAAAGAGUUCCACCGCCUGUGUCUCCAAAGCCAAGCCCUCCUCCUACACUUCCUAAACCAAUCAAAAUGAAGCCCUUACCAACACACACACUUACCCCACCCAGUGACCUAAACACACACCCACACUCCUCUAUCAUUCUCCCCGAGCAAGUGGAUCAUCCUAUACUCAGUCCAUCAACCCCGACCCCCAAACCAGCAGAAUCUCACACUUUGUCCCCACGACCUUUGACAUCUCCCGCUCAGAGCCCCCAAACCCCCCAAACUCCUUCUACCCCUGGGUGCGGAUCUGCCCCAGUCAAACCCCCGAGAUCUUCCAUGGCAGGGCUGUCAGUGGACAUUCCCAGCCCUUUUGAGGCAGAGCCACGAGAGGUGGAAAAACACAACGAGGAUGACGAGCAAAAGAGACAAAGGAAAGAGAUAGCAGUGAUUAAGGGGCAAGAGAUGGGAACUUCCAGCGAGGUCACAAAGCUCACAGAGGGAUCAGAGCAGGUGCUGAUGAGGCGGAGGAAAGUGGGUGUGGCCAGACAGAUGCAGAUCGAAGGAGACAUCGAAAGCACAACAGAAGAUGGCGUUGUAACUGCAGAUGAAAUUCGACAGAGGGUGCCAAAUGUCAGCGGAACGGAUGAAGGCAGAAUUCAUGGAGAAGAAGAAAUAAACCAGCUAAGGCUAGACGAGACCAGUGCCUCCUUAGCUGCAGCACUGGAGGUUGUAGAGGAAAGGAUCAUGACCGAAGACAAUUCUGCAACGGAGAAUAAAAGCACAGUCAACAUUCUUGAUGAUAUUGGAAGCAUGUUCGAUGACCUCGCUGACCAGUUGGAUGCCAUGCUGGAUUAAAAAAGAAAAAGCAAAAAAAAGCACAAAGUAAAUCGUAAACAGAAAAGCACAGCAUCGUCUUCAUCUGAGCGCCUGAUCUGUUUAAAGCCACGCUUCAAUGAAUAAACGAAUAAACACUGAUUUGUUGAUCUUAUCAAGGAUUUUUUUUAAAAAAAAGGACCUACUGGA